AAAAUACCAUUAUUUUGGUCGUUCAUAUUUUAUUUUGAUGUUUAAGACCAAGGACUCAAAGCCACUCUUUUCACAUAGCUGAUAUUGUGAUUCUCUGGGUCUGGUAGUGUUCAUGUCGGAUCGUGUGCACAAAAUACCCCAUAACCUAACCCCUCAAGAAGUAGUAGUACGAGAACAGAUUGGAACAGAUCGAGGGACUGCAACAACGCUUAUGUCUAUUUUCGCCAAUGUUGACAGCACAGCGGUCUGCCUGCAAUCAUGAACUUUUCAACUUCACUGAGAUUAGUUAGUCAAAAGCUCCCAUGUCACUGCUUUCAAUCAUUGACCAGUGUAAGAACAAGUGUUAGUCUAGCAGAAGAUCCGAGAAGAGCUAAUGUGGAGCAAAGAGUAAAAAAAUUCCAUGAAAUUCCUGGACCUAAUUCUCUUCCAUGGAUCGGAACGUCGUACCUGUAUCUAUUUGGGGUUUACAGUGCCAAACGGCACAGAGCUGCUUUCCAAAAGUACUUAAAAUAUGGCCCCAUUGUAAGAGAAGAAAUAAAGCCUGGUAAUUUUGUUGUAUCGAUCUUUCAUCACAACGAUAUGGAACACCUGUUUCUGUCUGAAAAUAAUGUUCCUCAAGCACAAAGUCAUCUGCCUAUCAUAGAAUUGCAAAAGAAUCACCCCAAUGCAUUACUUCCUGUGAAUGGCGAAGAUUGGUUGAAGCUGCGUAAAGAAUUCCAGGAUUUUAGUUCUCCACAGCUUCAAAGUGCUUAUUUACCAGUAGCUGAUAAGGCGAUAAAGGACUUUGUUACGUUCCGCACAUCACAAAACAUAGAUGACUUCCUUCCAGAAUUAUUAAGGCUAUCCCUACAAUUAACUUUGCUAGCUGCAUUUGAUAAAAAAAUUGACUGCUUCUCAUCAAAGGAAAUGAAACCUGAUUCUUUGUCUUCUCAUGUAAUGGAAGCUGUCUUGACUUCAAAUCGUUUGCUGUGUUUAUUUGACAAGCUGCCGUCAAACCCCAAGGAUGUCCCUUCCCUCUGGAAAAAAUUUGAGAAAGCUAUGUUGCUCAUAGAAAAGGUGUCAGUGGAAUUGGUUCAAGAAAAGGCCAAGUCUUUAUACCAAAGAAAUAUGAAAAAAUCUGAAAGUGCUGUCCCCUCUCUAAUUGAAUUUCUCCUGACAUCAUCUAAUUUGAACUACAAAGAUGCUGUCAGAAUAUCCGUGAAUUUGCUUCUCGCUGGUGUUGAGAAUACUGCAUACACAGCAUCAUUUGCACUCUAUCAUUUGGCAAAAAAUGAAAGAGUCCAAAAUAUGCUUAGACUUGAAUCUCAGAGGAUUCUUAUGUCACCCACUGAUCCCAUUACUGAUAAAACCCUAGAGGAUGCAUCUUAUGCCAGGGCUGUUCUGAAGGAAGUGUUCAGAAUGAAUCCUUUGCUCCCUGGUUAUGGUAGAACAGCAACACAGGACAUUGUAUUGUCUGGGUACCACAUACCGAAAGGAACCACAAUAGUAACCGAGAAUCAAACUGCAUGUCGUCUCCAAAAACAUUUUGUACGACCUAACGAUUUCAUCCCUGAGAGGUGGAUAAAAGGCAGUCCUGUGCAAGUUAAGGAUAAUCCUUUCCUUGUAUUACCAUUUGGCUUUGGAUCUCGUUCGUGUGUAGCUCGUCACCUUGCUGAGCAGCAGCUAUUGUUGCUUCUAUUGAGGGUGGUUAGCAGCUGUGUUGUCAGUUGGACUUCAGAGGAGAUCCUUGAUUGCAAGAACCUGAACUCGACAAUCAACCAACCAGACAAAGACCUAAAAUUUACUUUUAAUAGAAUUUUCUGAGAAUUCCAAUUUUUAAUACAAUUGUUUUGAUUUGUACGUUUUCCAGUUCUCAUGAUCAUAUGUUAUUUGAACUCAAAAUAUACUUGCUUCCUUUUUUUUUCCCAA